CCGAUUUGAAGUGGACAAAUUAUGCCUGGUGGACCACUUUGACUGCCCAGCAUGCAGCCCAGACAUGCUUGCAGUAUCUGUUGAUGGAAACCGCAAGCACUACAGAUUCAAGAGUGCAGCAAGAUCGGAGGAACAAGCCAUCUUUGAUGGCGUGUUCAUCGCGAAUGAUGACGACGUUGGAAGAUUUGUUGACUACGUCCAUACCUCAACCAGUCAUGUCUCUGGAAGAGGUGUCUGUGGAGGGCAGUGGUCAGCUGCGCGUGAAACAUCUCAGAAGUCGUCAGGAAAAACCGAUGAGGAGGGCCUGGAACUUGCUGUGUGCCGUCAUGGGGUUCUCCUUCGUGCCCUCAAUAUGUUCAGGGGGGAGAUUUUUGCCUACCCCCUGUACCUCCAAAAGCAAAUGGCCUGUAAGCCAGUGACAUUUUUUGCUAUGGAUGUGGCAUGCAAGUACUGGCCUUACCUCCGGAGAGUGACAGAGAAAUGCCCUGAGCUUCAGCAGCUCCUCACCAUGAGGCCAUUUCUUUCUGUUUUUCAUGCCAAAGCUCACGAUUUCAAAUGUGAGGUAAAAUGGAGUGGAGCGUAUCAGGAAGGGGCUGGUUCGACUCUUGGGGAAGAGGUGGAGCAGUGCAAUGCCUUCCUCUCGAGGAUUGCUGUUACCACAAAGCACAUGUCAAAAGCAGGACGCAUAGACAUGCUGACGGUCAUGGCCAUGCGCUGGAACAAACAAAAGUUUGACAACUUGGCUUCCACCCUUGCCCGCCGAUAUCGGAAGGCCACAGUAGCCCUGCAAUGCCAGUUGCAUAACCUGGAGGCCAUGAAAACGGAAAUGGACAUCACAGACAAUCAACUGGAAAGCUGGAUCAUUGAUAUCAAUGAGUGGGCAGAAGCAACAACAUCCCCAAAUGAUGCUGACGUUGCUGCUGUAGCCAGCCGAAUUGAGGAGCUGGUGGCAAGUGUUAAGAGAAGGUCCCAGCGUCUUUAUAAAGAUCAUGACGGAUGCAAAGGACGUGCCCGGAUCCGCCGAAAGAUCAGGGAGGAAAAACAAAAUUUAAAUUCUGUAGUGGACAAGUAUAACACCUUGGUACCUAAUGCAGAAAAACUGACCUUGGACACCAUUCUAUCUGAUGAGAUUGUUUGGCCAUGGCAGCUUACACACGGUGAUCUAAGGACGAAAAGGAAGGCGUUUGACACAGUGAUGGCAGUAAGGAGACUUGAGGAGGAGAAGAGGAUUCUUAUUGCAGAGAUGAACAAGCAUUGGAAGUCUCUUUGCACCCGUGUAGACACACUGAAGCAGAUGUCAUCCCAGCUUUCUAAUGUGACAUCAGGUGAGACGUGGGGCCUGCUUCAAGAUGGGAUCCAAGGUCUACAGAGCUUGACGAUGAAGAACAAGCAAGCAAACAACAGCAUGGCAAAGCAUGCAAAGAACUGUUAUGUUCAAGUUCUGACUGAAACAGAAAUUUACUUUGAUAAUGAUUCUGAGGAAUACCAUACCAGUAGUGACUCUGAGCAAGAUUAA